CCAGCCCGCCGCUGCCCGCCCUCGCCGCUGUCGCUGCCGGCGGGCGAGUAAGUCCCCGAGCGGCCGCGGUGGAGGAGGCGCCGGGCGGGAGUGGUGAGUUUGAGUAGUGCCCGCUCCCGCGGGGCCAACUUUUCCCGCGCGGGGCCGGGGCAGCCCGCUGCGCCGACGGGACGGUUGCGGUCCUUGGGCAACUAACGGCCGGCUCAGGAGAGUCCCUCUGGCUCCGGAUCCCGCGCGCCGGCUCCGCGGCAGGCUCCCCGUCCCGCCCCGGAGCAGCCGUUACCCGCUGAGCUCUCGCCAGAGGAGGGGAGAGGAGGCAGUGGUGGGCUGAAGGUUUUGGAACAGAUGUUGGAAGAUGUUAGCUGUAGAUACUGGGAUUGUGGAGGAGUGGUUAUCAGAGUUCAAGACACUGCCGGAAGCAUCCAUAUCCAGCUAUGCUACAAACUUGAAAGACAAGACUGCUUUGAUUUCGUCUCUUUACAAAGUAAUUCAGGAGCCACAGAGUGAACUUCUGGAGCCAGUUUGCCAUCAACUCUUUGAGUUCUGUCGCAGUGGUGAGGAACAACUACUACGAUUUACACUGCAGUUUCUACCAGAAUUGAUGUGGUGCUAUCUUGCUGUCUCAGCCAGCAGAGAUUUGCAGAGCAGUGGAUGCAUAGAGGCCCUUCUCCUAGGAGUUUAUAACUUGGAGAUAGUUGACAAAGAAGGACAUAGCAAAGUGCUGAGUUUCACAAUUCCAUCAUUGUCCAAACCUUCAGUCUAUCAUGAACCUUCCAGCAUUGGCUCGAUGGCUCUCACUGAAGGAGCUUUAUCGCAGCAUGGUUUGUCCAGGGUUGUAUACAGUGGACCUCAUCCUCAAAGGGAGAUGUUAACAGCACAGAACAGGUUUGAAGUGCUGACAUUCCUUCUGCUCUGUUACAAUGCUGCCUUAAGCUACAUGCCUGCAGUUUCUCUUCAAUCAUUGUGUCAGAUUUGUUCAAGAAUUUGUGUCUGUGGAUAUCCUCGCCAGCAAGUGAGAAAGUACAAGGGAGUCAACAGUAGGAUUCCAGUUUCAUCUGAAUUCAUGGUGCAAAUGCUAACAGGGAUAUAUUAUGCCUUUUAUAAUGGAGAAUGGGAUUUGGCUCGUAAAGCUAUGGAUGACAUUUUGUAUAGAGCACAGCUGGAACUGUAUCCAGAACCUUUGCUGGUGGCUAAUGCAAUAAAAGCUUCACUGCCUCAGGGUGCCAUGAAAUCUAAUAAAGAAGGUACAAAAUGCAUUCAGGUUGAAAUUACACCUACUUCAUCCAGAAUAUCAAGGAAUGCUGUGACUAGCAUGUCUAUCCGAGGACAUAGAUGGAAAAGGCAUGGUCCUACUGAUUUAGCCGUUCAAGAAGAACUGAUAGAAGUAUCUGAAGCUGAUGAAGGGUUUUACUCUAGAGCUACUUCUAGUACGAGUCAGUCUGCCCUAUCUAACAGCAGCAACAUGAGCAGUAAGAACCUUUUAGGGAAGAGCCAACGAAGGUCUGGAGGAAGCAAAGCUGGAGGAAAAGAAAAAGAAGGAGAAACCUGCAGAGAACACUUGUCACGAAAACAAACUCAUAGAGCCAUGAGUGAGAAUCUAGAGCUUGUCUCUCUGAAGAGACUGACACUGACAACUAGCCAGUCCCUGCCCAAGCCUGGCAGCCAUAGUCUGGCCAGAACAACCACUACUGUGUUCAGUAAAUCCUUUGAACAAGUCAGUGGUGUCACAGUUCCAAGUAAUCGUGGUGGUGUGUCUGGUACAGAGGCAAACAGAUUUUCAGCUUGCAGUCUUCAAGAAGAAAAACUGAUAUAUGGAACAGACAGAACAGAUCUUCCGAUUUUGAGCAAACAACCUAAUCAGCAGCGACCUCCUAGUAUUAGCAUAACUUUGUCAACAGAUUGAUACUAAAUUGGCAAGUAUGCAAAAUAAAAUACUGAGGAUUUGUGCUGAUAUUGGUCAGUUGGUACAUGAAGCUCAUCAAUAUGUUGUACAUUACUUUCUUAAACCUCAAGCCCAUAAGUUCUUAUUUGGCUCACAUUUGGCGGUAAUACCGAAUAGACAAUGGUUGUAAUUAUUUGCAUCAACUUCUAAUAGUAGAAGAAGUUCCUCUUUGACUUACUGUAUGUAUACAUCUGACUGCUUACAGUUUCAUGUGAAGUUUACAGCUUCACCAAUAUAACAAGCGUUGCUUGGUUGUUUAGCCACUGACCAAGAAGUGUGGCUCUUUACAGCUGCACAGUACAGCUGGGAACAAAUAGAGCUUCUUACCCAAAUUCUACACUUUCACUACUACUUGGCAUAGAUAAAACUGCAAGUACUUGUUUUAUUUAGGAGGAGUCUUGCAGUGUGGGCGUGAAACUUUGUAAUGGCAUUGUGAGAACAAACAUGCUCUUACAUUAGCCAUGGGAAACCUGUGCUUACAGAUAAGGUUAAGACUAGAAGCAUUGGUUCAGUGUUUGAUGGUAUGGUAGUUUUUGUAAUGUCAGGUAGUGUACAUUGCAUUGUUCAUUCUUUAUGCUUGUGUGAGUCUGAGUUAUUGAUGCAUUUUGGUUUAUCUCUACAUAUUCGAAACUGGGCCCAAAGUCAUACAGCAGCAGUACUUGUAGAUGAGAGUUCUUAUCAGUUGCUAUAGUAGUCACUCUUUAUAUUUACAGACUGUGUGACACACUCUGCCUUUCUUUCAGAUUCUUAAAUGGACACAAAGUUACUCACUGAAAAGUUGCUGUCAUCAGUAUUUUUAUUAUUUACGAGGAAGAGAUGUGCUUAUGUAACAAUAUUAUGUAGGAAAUAAGGUAUGAGACCUUUGUACUGACUCAAGCAAAUCAGGAUUGUGACUGUUUAACAUGAAUGUCUUACUUGAGACUAAGAGAAUGCUACCAAAGGAUGUGUACUUUCAGUAACUCACAAGCACAAAGGGAAAUUAUAAUGUAAAUAUAACUAGCACUGAAAUUCCUAGUCUUUUGUACUUAUUAUUUUUCUAGUUUGAAAUUCUAAACCAGCAGCCUGUGCAAGGUUACCUGAUCUUAACUUCAGUUAGUUUGGUGACCUUGUUUGAUACCAACUUUUAUAACAUUAAGAUUUUGAUUUAAACCAGAUAUUAAAACUUCUAAAGCAAAAAUUGGGAGAAGCAAUAGCUGACAAAACCAUUCCAGUAGCAGCAAGCAGCCGAUAAAUGGACAGUAUAUUAUUAUGAGUGGAGAAAUAGGAUGAAGAUCUAAGGCUUAGUCGUGCCCAAAUGUCCAGAUUUCUGCAGCUACUGAUCACUUGUUGUCAAGCACCUUGUAACAAAACAAACACUAAAAUUCUGGUAGACUUUCCUACUUCCCUGGAGAUGACUUUAGAUAUCCCUUUUUUUUACUCAAACUGAAGCACAAUUAACUGCUAAGCAGCUAAGGUUGUUCAGGUUGAUAGCAAUUAACAAGCUGGUUAAUUAAUGAAUAGAGAUAAGAGGACAUACUUGAUUGGGACAAAUUGUAAAAUUAUACUUCUAAGUCCGCAGACUGGAUGUGUACAUUUCUUAAUACUCACUGAAGUCUCUGGAAUAGCUGCAUCACUCUGUUAAUGUUUGUCUUCACCUGAAAGCCUGAAUUUAAAUGAAUGUGCUAUGCUUUCUCAUUCUUCAGUUUAUUGUGUGACACUGCUCUGUUCUAGUAAUGCAGUAUUUCUCCUUUUUACAAGUGAAUGGUUUUCUUAAUUGUACAUGAAAACUUACAUUCCUAAUGUAUAAACUACAAGUUUGUCUAUUUAGUGCUUAUUAAUUUGGC